CCUGCCUUGCUUUGUCACCCUCACACCAAAGCCAUUCUCUCUCUCUCCCUCUCUCUCUCUCUCCAUCUCUCAGCGUGCAUCUGUCAAACGUCCCUCAGUCUCUCUAUCUCUCUCUUUCAUCCACCAAAACCUCUCCUAGUCCCCUUUCCAUCCUAACACACACACACACACACACACACACACACACACACACACUCCUUCUCUCCUAAACACACUUCAAAUAUCCUUCACUCAUAUCCUACACCACAUAUCCUUCCUCCUAAUCCUACAUAUAUGGCAAUUAGAACAAGCACAUCCCUUCCUCUCCUCCUGCUGGCGCUGCUGGGGGAGGUGCAGGCGCAGGAUGUAGUGGAGGUGCACCUGAAGGAUCUCCUGUCGGGGGUCCUGCAGCCUCUGAAGGGACUUACGCCCUAUGAAGUUGGGGGCAUCAGGGGAUCCUUGCUCAUUUUUGGUAUUAGCAUGAUAGAGACAGCAGCCAUCAUUUAUUUCGCCAAGAAGAAGUACCGGAUCAUGGUGGAGAAAGCCAACAGCGAUGACGAGGAGGACAACGAGAUGAACUUCAUGGAGGCCUUGCUGAGUGGAAUGAUGGACGCUGCAGAAGAGAUCAGGCAAAGUUCGCAGAUGAUCAGUCCUCCUCCCAUACCUCUCCGUCCCCUUCCUUUCCCUCCUGACCUUCAACGCUCGUCCCGUCCGCGCAAGAGAUCGGUUGGGGUGCCUCCUCCUGCUGGUGAGGACCUGUGGGAGCUGCUAGGCGGGUUGCUACGGGCGAAGGACACUCAGAAGGUGGUGGUGAAGGCAGUGAGAUUAGUCAAGGUCAUGGAGAUGCUGACUCAGAAUAUUUUGUCUCCUGAAGCUCCUGUGCCACCUUCAGGAGAAACCCAAGGGCGCCCGUACCGCUGAGGAGGAGCUGCUACUGCGCCUGUAUGGCAUGAACACCUCCGAAGCAUCCCCAGUGUGCGGCCACGAGUCCUAUAAGUGUUUCCUGAAGAAGGCGCAGCUGGAGGAGGCCUUCUCGUUCGUGUGGAAGCUGAUGAAAGGUCUUUAGUGUGUGUGUGUGUGUGUGUGUGUGUGUGUGUGUGUGUGUGUGUGUGUGGUGUGUGUGUGUGUGUGUGUGUGUGUGUGUGUGUGUGUGUGUGUGUGUGUGUGUGUGUGUGUGUGAUGGUAGGUUUAAUUUAUUAUGUAUAAUUUAAGUGUGUUCUCCGCGCACCAGACGUUAGAUAAAUAAAGAAGGAAUUACUGUAGAAAGAAAUAUUGAAAGUGUUAAUAAUAAAGAGCU